AUGCGUACAUCCAUUGUCUUUCCAAAUUUUCAGGUUCGCGCAAAGGGUUAUAAGCUCAAGACCAAAGCAGCCGUCAAGAAGCGUUUUAAGGUCAAUUGUAACGGUCUCGUCAAGCGCGCACAGGCAAAUAAGCGCCACAUUGCUACAAAAAAGACACGUGAGCGCAUCCGUCGUCUUGGCAAGUCCGUCUUUGUGCAGGGUCAGAUCCGCAAGAAUGUGCUUCGGAUGCUUGGCAAGUAA